AUCACACAUCAGACUUUUCCCAGUGGAGCUGGAGAACAGGCUUCAAUGAAAACUGCCUGUUUGCAGGUAUAUGGAUAUUACAGCCACCACAAGCACUAUUUCCUCUACCUGACCUGGAGCAGAAACAUCAUUAUCAGGAUAGAAAGGAAACCUUGUUGCCUAGCAAAGGUGGGAUGAUUUAUCUCUGUCUCUAGAUUGGUCUCUUUUCUUUGCUGCACAAGAGAAGGGUUUUCAGACUUCCAAGGAGAAUGAAGCCAGGCUAGAAAUCGGAGUGGAUGUAAAACAGCUGCUCUCCCAGGGAGGAGAAGGAGUCACAGGUUUUCAUUGCUUUUUGUUCCUGUGCAGCUCAGGACAAUGGUUUUGUCUGCCCCAAUUAUUGCCCUUGGGGCUACCUUAGGGACUGCAACUAGCAUCCUUGCCCUCUGUGGUCUCACCUGCUUCUGCAAAUGCAAGCAACCUGGGAAAGGACUCUCAGAAAAGGACCAAGAUGAGGACACGGAAAAUACUAAGCCCAGUGUGCUUCAGCCAGCCCAGCAAUUCAAUGUUAAGAAAACUGCAGAGCCAGUCCAGCCUCGAGCUCUCCUGAAGUUUCCUAACAUUUAUGGCCCCAAACCGGUUGUAACUUCACCUGAAAUUGUUAACUACACGCAAUACUCCUUGAAGACAACAGAAGAACCAGCCACUGUAAAACACGCUGUUUUGGAUGAGAACAGGAUGAAAAUACAAGUCAAUGAAGAAUUGUUUGUUCUCCCUCAAAACGUUCCAGGUGUGGUAAAGGAUGUGUGUGUCACGGAGCACUUGAAGCCCGAGCGGGCAGCCAGCUGUAACCAGGUCCCUGAACUGCGCUAUUCCCUCACAUAUGAUCAACAGAAAGCUGAGCUGUGUGUGGCCCUUCUGGAAGCUAUGCAUGGCAAAAUGAGUAGUGACCAAGAUACUGGCUGCCACUGCUACAUACUGGGCACACUGGUGAGCAAAUCUGGCAUGACUGAAGCCCAGACAGAGCUGAAGAAGAAGGUGCUUCACACCCUCUGGGAGGAGGCCCUGCGGUUCCCGUUAACUGAGGAGGAGAUGCAAGAGGGGACACUGACUCUCACCUUGAGAAACUGCGACAAGUUCUCCAGACACAGCAUUGUGGGGGAACUCAAACUGAGCCUCGCUAACAUGGAGGACUUCGGGAUGGCCCAAUGGGAAAGGCUAAAGACCCCAGAGAAGGAGCCAUCUACAGGCCAUGGGGAAGUUCUGCUCUCUAUCAGCUAUCUGCCAGCUGCAAACCGCCUGCUUGUGGUGAUUAUUAAGGCUAAAAAUCUCCAUUCCAAGCAGCUGAAAGAUCUACUUGGAAAUGAUGUUUCCGUCAAGGUGACCCUGAGGCAUCAGUCCUUGAAGCUGAAGAAGAAGCAGACCAAACAUGCAAAGCACAAGAUCAACCCUGUCUGGAAUGAGAUGAUCAUGUUUGAGGUGCCACAUGAGCUGCUACGUGCCUCUAGUGUGGAGCUGGAAAUGCUGAGCCAGGAUGGUGCUGGGCAAAGCCAAGUGCUUGGCAAGUGCAGCCUGGGUUUGCAUGUCACAGGCACGGAGAGGAACCACUGGGAAGAAAUGCUGAGGAACCCCAGAAGACAGAUUGCCAUGUGGCAUCAGCUCCACAUGUAGGCACGCUAUGACUACUGCCAACCAGAUUUCCACCAAGCCUCUGAGCGUGGGGAAAUAAGCUGCAUUUCACCUUCCUCUCUCCCAUCCACCAAGUGGCCCAGCACAGCAUUCUUCUCAGGCCACCCACCCUGAUUGCCAAAGGAAACUGUACGAAAAUGUAUUUAGAGACAAUCACUCACCCAACCAAGUGGUUCUCUCAAAUAAAGGGUUUGGCUAUCUGGGUGAUUCAAAUUACUUUUGUUAGCCUGCCCACUGUCAUUUCUUUGAGUUCCCAGUUUCUGCAAAGAAGCUGAGGGGAACAGAGGGAUCACAGAAAUCUGAGCUGCUCCUUGGCAUCUGGCACUUUCACCCAAGUUCCCUGAUGGGGGCUGGCUCCAUAACAUGCAGCAGUCAUUUUGCCAGUCUCUGUUUUUCAUAAUGCUGUUUAAGACUGUGAGAAAUGAAGAUCAAAAAAUUAAUGCUGACUUCUGACCCAAAGCAGUAGUUUGGAAGAGAGAGAGAAGCCAGGUGGAAACAUACAUGAACGUACAUUAGAUGGAUAUCUAGAAGUAGAGAAGGAACAGAGGAAGAAGAGAGACAGUCAUACUAUCACUCAGUGUAGUCUUUGAAGCAAACACUGCCAAACAAGAAGUCAAAUGUUUUUCCUCACUUUUGUUUAUCUGAGUGUUUGAUACCUUAGCUUUAGGGUUCAUGAAAACUGUUGAAAGCAUGGAAGUUUCAGAAUCCUUUAACAAAUUACCUAUCUCUUCUAUCUUUCUCCAUCACCCAUGAAGACCCUAAACACGGACAACAAGUUAUUACUGAUGUUACCUCCAAAAACUUGGACCAAAUCCUUCUGCUUACUGACAUUCUUUUCUGUUUGGGAAUUUCUGAUCUGAAAAAGUUUCAAAUACGGUAAUCGUAUUCUAAGCAGCAUCUAUACAAAAGAAGUGGGAUCAUUUCAUACCUUAGCAUUUGAUUGAUGGUUUUGGUUUGAAGUUAUCUCUCACACCCAAUUCUCAUACCUGCAUUACUUGAUGAAAACCCUUCAGAAUUAGCCAUGUAUUUCAUCACUUCUAGACAGAAGGAAUUCACUGACCAGACAUACUCUCUAGAGCUUGCUUUUUUUUGUGUGCACUUUCAAGAUCAGACGUGGCUUAAAUGUUACUGUUUACUGUUCUUUUAGUGUCUGGAUGGACUGAAAAGCUGGCAUCGCCAGCAAUGGUGUUAUGAUCUCAUAAGCACACUGCUUGUUCUACUGCUUUAUUUUAAGUAGUAGACACAGCUUUGAGGGACUUGUAUGGGGAGAAGACAUCCAAAAGUCUGAAAACGGAAUCAUAUGUUUCGUAGCGCUGAAAAACUCUGAGAAAUUCAUUUUUUUGAGGGGUCAGUUUGAUCCUCUGUUUAAUUCAAUAAAUAUUAAACUGGGCUUUAUCUAGAGUACAUCCCAUUUUGCUGGCUUAGCCGAACAAGUCUAGUACAUUGUCAGGUAAAGGCUACCACCCUGCAGUGAAGGGGAAAAUGACCAGAACCAGUCUCUGAAAAUUGGCUGAAGUGUCAGGUACAGAAGUUUGUAAACAGGAGUGAAGUUCAGCUGGAAGCCACUCACUAUUACUGACUGUGGCUGGUAUUGGGGCCAACUCUGUUUAACAUCUUCAUUAAUGAUCUGGAUGACAGGACAGAGCACACCUUAAGCAAGUUUGCAGAGGAUACAAAACUGAGUGUAGCGGUUGAUACACAAAGUGCUUGUGCUGCCUUUCAGAAGGAUGUGAACAGGCUGAAGAAACACACUGACAAGAACAUUCAGUAUAAUGAAAUGUAAAGUCUUGCAACUGAGGAGGAACAACUCCAUGCAUCACCACAGGGCUCGGGCCAACCAUCGGGAAAGCAGCUUUGCAAAGAACCUGGGGUCCUGGUAGAAACCAAGUCAAACAUAAACCAGCAGUGUCCUUUCGCAUCAAAGAAGUACAACAGUGCCUUGGGUUGCAUUAUGAAAACCAUUGCCAGGUCAGUGAGGAUGAUUCUACCCAGCACUGGUGAGGGCAGAUCUGGAGUGCUGUGUGCUGCUCUUGGCUUCCAAGGCAAGAAAGAUUGGGAUUUACUGGAGCAAGUGUAGCAAAGGGCCAUGAAGAUGAUAACAGGAGGUAAGCAUCUUUUGUAUGAGGAGAAGCUGAGACCUGACACUGACCAGCCUGGAGAAGAAAAGGCUCAAGUGGAAUCUUAUCAAUGUGUGUAAGUACCUGAUCUGGAAGAGGAGAAAAGAAAAUGGAGACAGACUCUUUUCAGUAGCGUCCAGUGACAGCAUAAGAGGAAAUGAGCACAAAUCACAAUACAUGUAAUUGUAGGUGAACGUGAGAGAGAAAAAUACAGAAAGAAAGAAAGAAAGAGAGAGAGAGCAAGAGAGAAAUAACUCUCUCUCUCUCUCUUUUUUUUUUUUUUUCAUGUGAAUAUGAUUAAAGAGUGGAUCAAGUUUCCAAGAGAGGUUGUUGGUCCUUAGAGACACUUGAAACCUGACUGGACAUGGUGUUGGACAAUCUGCUGUAGUUUAUACUGCUUUAAACAGAGCUGGGACUGGACAAGAUGAUCUCCAGAGGCCCUUUUCACUCUCAGAGACCCUGUGACUCUGAACAGAUCAACAAGGUCAAUGAACAGUGAUGAACGUUAUCUUCACAUUGCUACUCUCAUUAUAGGUGGUGUAGCAGCGAGUUACGUGGUCACUUUGAAGGAAGAGGUAAAAACAGCUUUGACUAAAGAAACAAACAGACAAACAAAAAGAAGAAGAAGAAGAAAAAAGCCACUGAGUCUUCUACCUAAUGGUUUAAUCUCCGAUAUUGCUUCACUGGCUAAGGGAGAUUUAACUAGAAAAAAAAAAAUUGACUUCCUGUUUUGUUCCGUGGAUUUUUGUUUUAUUAAGAAAGAGCUGUAGGAUGCUGUGAUUAAAUUAACACAGCAGAAACUUAGUUGAUAGUGAAUUCUUAAUAGUUUCUCUGUUCUGUGUUCUGUUGUCUGUAGAUAUGCCUAUAGGUUUGGAAUAAUCAUUUCCAUUUAAGUGCAAAAUUCAUUGUCGUGUUGGCCCGUUCUUCCUAUAGUUCCUGGCAUCAAUGCAAUUCUUCCUUCCUUUUAGUAUAAUGAUAAGAAGAACAACUUCAUGGUAUGAUGCUAUUUGGCUGGCAAUGAAAAGCCUGAAGGGCCGAAUAUUUGUCUUGCCGCCAAGAGAUUUCUCUAGUUCUGCCUCCUGCUUAUUUUAAUGAACCUUUUAUAACAUCUUGGUGACUGAUUGUAAACAGCAUUAUCUGCCUCUGCCCCUGGUGAUUUUGGCACACCCUGUAAUUAGAUAGCAAUCCUACAGCACCUAAGAAAUAGCACCCUGAAAUCUGAUUUUCCUGUGAAAAAAAUAAUGUCCUCUUUUAUAGCAGAGAAAGGUAUGCGUAGACCACAAAAUAGUCUUGAGGCAAAAAAAAAAAAGUGUCAUCAGAGUUAAGAACUGGUGUUGUUCCCUCCUUUGCUGUAUGCAAUUGAAACGCGGAACAAAUGUAUGCAUCUCUCCUGACUGGAUCUUUUUUAUUGUCUGGCAUUUUAGCCUGGGAAGAAUGCUUUUUGCAUUCAACUCAGUCUUAAGAGGCUGCCAGGUGUUGACUUAACGAGGCAGGAGCCGUUCUAGGGACUGAAAGGCAGUGCAGUUAAGGGUGCUGGCUCCCGUGAACAGAAGGAAUGUUGCGUACGUGUGGUACUGGAGGGGCAGGGACGCCCAACCCUGGCCCUUUUGAACUUUGUUAAUAGGAGCUGUUUCUCAUCAAAUUCCUGCGCCUGUGCAGUGCCCUGCCUUUAUGCCAUGAAACUGCCUGUAUCAGGCAGUGCUUGCAUGCCCUCAGCCCCAGCACCCCAUGGGCUGUAGAAACUAAAUUGGUCUGAGCAGAUGAACAGUAGAGCUAUUGUGGGAAAUAGCAGCACUAUAUAUAUAAACAAAAAGUAUCUGGAAAUUCCCAGUGUCGUCACUUACGGUCAGACUAGGUGAUCUUAGUGGUCUUUCCCAACCUUUAUGAUUCUAUGAUUCUAUAACAGGUGACAAUAAAUUAUGACAAUUAAUGUUCUUAAGUAAUGUGUUUGACCAAGAAGACAGGUCAGUAGAUUCCCCGAUGGCAAUUCAGUGGUUGCACUGAUCCUUCUGCCUACUAUUAACCCAUUAACAUGAAGAAACAUUAAGGCUGGAAGCAAACAAGCUGUGGAGAUAAAACCACAACACCAACAAAAAACAACAAAAAAUACCCUAGGAAAUUUGUGCUACUGUAGGAAGGAUAAAAAUAAUCAACAACACAGAUAAUUGAUAGUCCCUGAAAAAGAGAAUCACAAAAUCACUAAGGUUGGAAAAGACCACUAUGGUCAUUUAGUCCAACUGUCAACCCACUGUCAUUACUACCCUUGGCCCUUUCUCCAGUUAUAAGGGGCAGUGGUUGCAGUUGGUGUCCUGUAAAUGGACAAAGCAUUUCUCUCAGUUCUUGUCCCAGGUAUCCAUGAAUGAUGACAGGAACCAUGUUCACUUUGCAAAGAGGAAACACAUCAGAAGUUAAUGGAAAAUUCACUUCAACAAGUCUGGGAUAAGGCUGGGAAUACUUUCAGGCUCAACUCUUCUCCCAGGCAUUAUCGUGCUUUCAACACUUUGAACAAAAGCACUUUGAAUUUUGCAAGGAUUUGCCAUCAGUACUAUGUGUCCCAAGACACAUUUUUUAUCAGAAUGGAGGAGUUUGUAAUUUGAGCUUUACAAAUGCAGCCUAAGGUUUGUCCACAUUUUCCUGAUGUCUGUGAAUCUGAGAUUCUGGACAUGAUCCCUGCCAAACAGCGUGCAGGAAACUGCAAGUCACAUUACUUAUUUGAUUCCUGUGAUGCCCACCUGAAGAGGCAAAUUGUGCAGUGAUUUCCCACCUCUGCAGCAUGAAGACAUGUAGGCUGCAAGUUGCAUACUAUGCAUUAUAGUCCAACUGUUCAUCUCUGGUAAGCACGUGAUGCGCUAACAGCAGUGUGGUGGGAAAUAGUCUACAAAUGAUAUCAGUAGCAGGGCUUGAGUUAAGCACAAUAACAUUUAGUUAAAUCUGGGAGCCAAAGUGUCUUGGACCAUGCUUCUUACACUCUUUAGGAGGUCAGUUUGAAGUUUGAUGGGAUUGAAGGGCAGAACUUUGGCAGCAUCUUUUAUGUAUUUUGAAGUGUAACCAAGUCUCAAGAUAAAUUUGGUUCAUUUGCUGAAUGAUAAGCAUGAUGAGCAAAAACUAAUACUUGACACUUUAUAUUGUUUCUUCUGUUGGUAAUAUCAAACUGCACAAUAGUAGCAAAGUGAAAUAGUGCUUCACGGCCUUCCAGCAUGAGAAGGCUUUUCUGCUUACUCAGUCCUUCAGUGUCCAAAUGUGUGUACUGCACAGAGCAGAUAUUGUUUGUCAAGACUAUAUUGUAUGCACAGUCCAAAGCACAAACAGAGCAUGAGAUUCAGCCUUUGUGUCUACCGUUAUAGCACAAAAUGUAAAUCACCACAAGUAAAUAAUUCCAAACUGUGUCCA